CAGCUGGAUCAUCGGUGUCAACUAUAAAACAAACUCCAUCUGCAUUUACAUCCCAAAACUAUACAUAUACAUAUACGUAUACUAUGGCUGAAGAUUAUGAUAAACCACAGUCAGAUGGAUACAUUGAUGUUGGUGAACCCGAGACUCGUAACUGCGAGAUCAAGCUGAGAGUAAACCCUGUGAGGCGAAGGGAAAAAGUAUUUGUUGGUUGUGGUGCUGGUUUUGGUGGUGAUAGACCAUUAGCAGCUCUUAAGUUACUUCAGAAAGUCGAUGAUCUCAACUACCUUGUACUCGAAUGCUUAGCAGAACGCACCCUUGCCGACCGCUACCAGGCGGUGUUGUCGGGCGGUGAAGGUUUUGACCCCCGGAUUUCAGAGUGGAUGCAAUUGCUCCUUCCGUUGGCUGUUGAGAAAGGAGUCUGCAUUAUUACUAACAUGGGUGCAACAAAUGCAUUGGCUGCUCAAGAAAAGGUUUUGGAAAUUGCAAGCAGAUUGGGUAUUAAGAUUACUGUAGGUGUAGCGCACCAGUUUGAUAUUGCCAAAGCAGGUCUUUGUUCUAAUUUGAGAAAUCUAAGCGAUGGUAUAAGCAUGUAUCUAGGGGCAGCGCCUAUUGUGGAGUGUCUUGAGAAGUACAAUCCUGAUGUUGUCAUCACUUCUCGGGUUGCUGAUGCUGCCUUAUUUCUAGCUCCAAUGGUCUAUGAGCUCGGGUGGAACUGGGAUGAUUUCCCGCUGCUAGCCCAGGGCUCUUUGGCUGGACACCUGCUAGAAUGCGGCUGUCAACUCACUGGAGGAUAUUUUAUGCAUCCAGGAGACAAAUACAGAAAUAUAUCUUGUGCAAAUCUCCUGGAUCUUUCUCUUCCCUUUGCUGAAGUUAAUUACGACGGGAACAUGUGUGUAGCUAAAGCAGAUGGAAGCGGGGGUGUGUUAAAUUUCAGUACUUGUGCUCAACAGCUUCUUUAUGAGGUUGGGGAUCCAGGUGCUUAUAUUACCCCCGAUGUGGUUAUAGACUUCCAAGACGUUUCAUUUCACUCGUUAUCAACUGAUAAAGUUGUUUGUACCGGAGCAAAACCAGCUGCAACAUCUGUACCCGAUAAUCUUUUAGCACUAGCUUCAAAGGAAGCUGGAUGGAAAGGAUGGGGAGAGAUAUCAUACGGUGGAUAUAAAUGUGUAGAACGAGCUAAAGCCGCUGAAUAUUUGGUGAAGUCAUGGAUGGAAGAGGUAUGUCCAGGUACUAGUGCCCGUAUAAUGUCAUAUAUAAUUGGAUUAGACAGUCUCAAGGCAACAAGUCUUGAAAAUUACACCUUAGUAACUAACGACAUUCGGUUAAGAAUGGAUGGAUUAUUUGAGCAAGAACAACAUGCUAUUGAAUUCACCAAGGAGUUCACGGCUCUCUACACGAACGGACCGGCUGGUGGUGGUGGUAUCAGCACGGGACACAAGAAAGAGAUCCUGCUUGAAAAAGGAUUGGUCGGGCGUGAACACAUAUACUGGAAAAUAUCAGCAAAGGAAAACCAACCAACAAAAUCAAACAAUCAUCAAACCAACACGCUUCCUACCGAAACAAAAUCUAAUAAUCCAAAAGAGUUUCUAUCUCCCGAGAAUCACGUCUCACUCUCACCUGCACCAUCAAACGAAAAGGUCCAUCUCUAUGACAUAGCCCAUAGCAGAGCUGGUGACAAAGGUAACGACGUUAACUUCUCCCUGAUCCCAUAUUUCCCACCGGACAUUAAACGUCUCAAAACCGUCAUAACACCAGAUUGGGUCAAAAGAGUCGUUUCACCUCUUCUAAACCAGUCAUCUUUCCCGGAGGAAGUAGAUGAUACAGAAACGAGAGACAAAUGGGUCGAUGAACAUGUUAGUGUGGAGAUUUAUGAGGUACGAGGUAUCUCUUCAUUGAAUGUUGUUGUUAGGAACAUUCUAGACGGCGGCGUUAACUGUUCUAGAAGAAUUGACCGGCAUGGGAAAACUAUAUCUGAUCUCAUACUGUGUCAAGAAGUUGUGCUUCCCAUGUGAUCCAAGUGUCAUACAGUAUAACUUAUAAGACAUCAUUCGACUUUCAUACAUAGUUGGAUAGUGGGCUGUGGGGUUUUGCACACUUGGCAAGUGUUUUUUGGUGAUUUUUUUUUUUUUUUGUUUUUUUUGUUUUGCCGUUCGGUUCCUGUACUUGAUGCACCAUUUUAACUGCUGUGAGUGUUGGUCUUAUUAUGAAAUGCAAAACUGAUUUUAACAGAA